CCACUUUCUCCAGGUUGCCAAGAUCUGCUAGGAUCCCCCCGACACAUCCGAAUGCAUAAAAUCCGGGGAAGAACCGGGGAACGGGGAGCAAGCCUUCAUGUCUCCCCAGGUCGGGGUAACGUCCAAGACGGGAGAGUAUUUAGAUCUCCUACGAUGACCCUUCCACCUCGCCUCAGACAACCGUAGUCAUGGCAGCACAAGCACCAACUCACUUUCCCGAUCGCCCUCAGUUCUCUGGGGUUAUGAAGCCAUGCCGCCUUGAAGGCGAGGUUUCACACCUGGAGGCCCAUGGGGCAAUUCCAGAUGACAUUGACGGUACGUUUUACCGUGUCAUGCCAGAUCCCCAGCUGCCUCCUUUCAUCCAAGAUGACCCAUGGUUCAACGGAGAUGGCUCCAUCAGCGCUUUCCGGAUCAAAGACAGCAAAGUCUCUUUCAAGCACAAAUAUGUCCAGACUGAGAAGCUGAAACGAGAACGCGAGGCCAAGCGGGCCUUGUUGGGAAAGUACCGCAACAAGUACACCGAUGCGGUCGAGUUCAAAGUCCGCACCUCAAUCAACACCAACAUCAUCCACUUCAACGGCAAGCUGCUCGCCCUCAAACAAGACACCCCGCCGUACGAAUUGGACCCAGAAACCCUCGAGACCUUGGACCUGCACACUUUUUGA